CUGAACAGGGCCCACUGUUUUCAGCAGCCACAAGGGAUGCUGUUACUCAGGCACCAACUGCAAGGGAGUCCUCUUUGGAAGGUUGUCCGUGGGUUCUGUGCCGUGAUGGGGAAACUGCAAAGCAAACUGAGACACAGCACUUACAAUAAAUACAGGUACAGCAGCACGCCUGAUGGGAUUGUAGAAGAGAGAAGCCCGGCAAGGGCAUUUCCAGAUUAUAGCCCUGCUCACGCGGAUGCCGCCGUCACUGCCGUUGCUGCUCUGAGCUCUGACGUGUGCGUCUCCGGAGGAAAAGAUAAGACAGUUGUGGCCUAUAAUUGGAAAACUGGAAAUGUGGUGAGAAGGUUCCAAGGACAUGAACGUGAAAUCACUAAGGUAGCCUGCAUUCCCAGAUCGAGCCAGUUCUUCAGCGCCUCGCGAGACAAGAUGGUGAUGAUGUGGGAUCUACGUAGUUCCUCUCGGCCCAAGCAGCAGCUGUCUGGCCAUGCCAUGGUGGUCACCGGCUUGGCUGUGAGUCCAGACUCAGCACGGCUGUGCACGGGCUCUCGAGACAACACGCUGCUUCUGUGGGAUGUGGGGACCGGACAGUGUGUGGAGAGAGUGUCUGUCUCCAGGAAUCUGGUCACACACCUGUGCUGGGUCCCGCAGGAACCGUAUGUGCUGCAGGCCUCCGAAGAUAAAACCAUCAGAUUGUGGGACAGUCGAGGGCUGAAGAUUGCUCACAUGUUUCCAGCCAAGCAGCACAUUCAGACCUACUGUGAGGUCAGUGUGGACGGACACCAGUGUGUCUCCUGCAGCAACGGCUUUGGAGGGGAUGGCUGUGAAGCCACGUUGUGGGACCUAAGGCAGACGCGGAACAAAAUCUGUGAAUAUAAGGGACAUUUCCAGACUGUUGCUUCCUGUGUCUUUCUGCCAAGAGCAUGGGCCUUGAUGCCUGUAAUUGCUACCUCAUCACAUGAUUGCAAGGUGAAGAUUUGGAACCAAGAUACUGGGGCCUGCCUUUUCACCUUGGCUCUGGACGGAUCAGGGCCCUUGACUUCCCUGGCUGUUGGUGAUCCUGUCUCCUUACUGUGUGCAAGUUUCAACCGAGGAAUUCACUUACUUGAACUGGACUACAGCCGAGAACUGGGGCUGCGAGAAGUAGCCGUGUUCUGAGGACGAGUGUCCCCAUGGGAAAUAUCAAAUCAUGGCCCACCCUCCUCAGUGUGGCUUUGUGUCCUCCUGCAUGGUCUCAGGGACAGCAGAUGGAGAGCUGCUGGCCUUGGCUUACGUCUGCUUGGGAGUUAGAUCAGCAGUAAAGGCUGUGAUAGAUCCUGUGCUGCACGAUCGAGUCUAAACUAAACCUAAGGUUCUCAACCAGAGUUAAGUUCAACACGCUGCUUCCAGUUUUGGAAUUACCCAUCCAAAA